CGCUCGGUGUCCUGGGGAGUUGAUCACUCUGCUCAUUUACGCACUUGUUCUCAGGGACCGCUUCUUUCUCCACUUCAUCCUCAUUUUCUCAGUUCUUCUGUUUUGGGACAGUUUGUUUUCUUCUUUCUCUCCUGCACUUUUGGCGCCCAAGGAUUUCUUCAUUUGCCAUCUACUUCUUCUGUUAUUUUUCCCCUCCUGUGUUUCUAAGUCACCACAGUCAUCAUGAACGGGACAGAAGGUCCAAACUUCUACGUACCGAUGUCCAAUAAGUCAGGCUUGGUCCGCAGCCCGUUUGAAGAGCCACAGUAUUACCUAGCUGAGCCGUGGAAAUACUCUUUGCUGGCUGCCUACAUGCUUUUCCUCAUGAUCACCUCCUUCCCAAUUAACUUCCUCACCCUCUACGUAACUGUGCAGCACAAGAAGCUCCGCACACCCCUCAACUACAUCCUGCUGAACCUUGCUGUGGCUGACUUGUUUAUGGUGAUUGGGGGGUUCACGGUCACACUCUAUACCGCCCUGCACGGGUAUUUUGUCCUGGGUGUGACGGGCUGCAACAUCGAGGGCUUCUUUGCCACCAUGGGAGGUGAGAUUGCUCUGUGGUCCCUGGUGGUCUUGGCCAUUGAACGCUACAUUGUGGUGUGUAAACCCAUGACGACGUUCCGUUUUGGAGAGAAGCACGCCAUCAUGGGGGUCGGCUUCACCUGGGUUAUGGCCCUCACCUGUGCUGUUCCACCACUGCUUGGGUGGUCCAGGUAUAUUCCAGAGGGGAUGCAGUGUUCUUGCGGAAUAGAUUAUUACACCCCAAAGCCUGAAAUCAACAACACCUCAUUUGUCAUCUACAUGUUCACCCUCCACUUCUGCAUUCCUCUCUUCAUCAUUUUCUUCUGUUACAGUCGCCUUCUCUGCACCGUCCGUGCGGCUGCAGCCCAGCAGCAGGAGUCCGAGAGUACACAGAGGGCGGAGAAAGAGGUGACCCGCAUGGUGGUUGUCAUGGUGAUCGCAUUCUUGGUGUGCUGGCUGCCAUACGCCAGUGUGGCUUGGUACAUAUUUGCCAAUCAGGGUACUGAGUUUGGCCCCGUCUUCAUGACCAUCCCCGCCUUCUUUGCUAAGAGCGCUGCCCUGUACAACCCUGUCAUCUACAUCCUCCUCAACAGACAGUUCAGAAACUGCAUGCUGACCACUGUUUGCUGUGGAAAGAAUCCUUUCGGUGAGGAAGAGACCAGCACCACUGUCUCUACUAAGACUCAAUCUUCUGCAGUCUCCUCCAGCCAGGUGGCCCCUGCCUGACCCAUCAUAUCAGACCUCCAGCACACCCAUCAACACCCAGCACACCUGGGAAAUCAUCAUCAAGUAGCCUCCUGUUGGCCAGAUUUGGAACUUUUUAACCUCCAUUUGGCCAAUCGUCUAUUCUCUACUUUG